GAAUAGGUUAUUAAACCCACAACGCAUGGCUUACCCCUCCUCCUCCUCUCCACUCUCUGACUCACCCACCUGACGUCCUUUACCAAAAGAUUCAUUUCUAGUCAAACCUCUCUUUGACUGCCAACCAUAGUAAACAAAACACCAACCACCUCCACCACCAUCUCCGCCGCCACCUCCUCCCUUAUCUCCACCCUAACCUCACCGACAAACUCAACUCACAUUACACACACACAUUACCAAUUCCCGCCGUAUUCAUCGCCUGAAAUACUCCUAAAUUUCCGUUACAUCUUCUUGAUUCAACCAAACACAUUGUUCAAUGGCGGAUUCAUCUUCUCCCUCUUCCUUCUCUCUCUCUAGGUUUCUCUCUCUAGAAACAACUGACACCGGAUUAGCAACAGCAGACGACGAUGAAGACGACUUGAAUAAAUUGAAUGAAGACGAAGAAUAUCUGCGAGUUUUACUUGAUAAAGAAGAAAGUGUUCGCAACCGCAUUGAUCAACCGCAUGUUCAUGAUUCGAUCCUAAUCUCCCGAUCAGAAGCAAUCCAGUGGAUAUUCAAUGUCCGAUCAUCUCUUCAAUUCAAAUUCCACACUGCCUACUUAUCCGUAACAUUCAUCGAUCGAUUCAUUUCAGUUUCACCAUCACACAUCACUCAUGAUGAUAAGCCUUGGGCGAUCCGACUGCUAGCAGUUGCGUGUUUAUCAUUGGCGGCAAAGACGAUCGAUCGUACGAAUUGGCAGUUAUCAUCGUUGUUACAGGCCGAAGGAUUCGAGUUCUCAAACAAGGCGGUUCAGCGAAUGGAGCUUCUUGUGUUAACCACAUUGGAUUGGAGAAUGUGUUCAGUUACUCCGUUUCGUUUUAUCCGUUACUUUGUUUCGUGUUUGUGUAACGAAUCAUCGUCGAGAGAUUUGGUGUCGAUGAUUUCGCAGAUUAUAUGUGCAGCAACAAUUGAUUUGAAUAUAAUGGCGCAUCGAUCAUCUACUAUAGCAAUGGCGGCAACAUUGAUGGCUGUGGAUCAAGGUUUGACCAGAGAAUCAAUGGAGAUCAAAGUGAAGACGACUUGGGUUAACCAGCUUUUUGAUCAUGUGGAUGUGUACACUUGUUAUAGUCGAAUGCUGAAACUCGAACCUCUAAAAGUGAACAUCUUCGAACUGGAUUCGACAAAGAAUGAAGAGAAUCCAUCAAAACGCCGGAAGCACUCGUGACAUUUAGCCAAUGGGAAAAAUAAGCCAACCCACAAAUCCGAUCCGGUUUUUAUUUGGUUGAAUGAUUUGUUUGGGUUUUGUGAAAUUUUAUAAUUUCAUUAUGGAUAUAGUUUUUGAAUUUUUUUAUAGUUGUGUAAGGAAACUAUGAAAGAUCCGAUAUAAAAAUGAGGAAUAAACGAGCCAUCUUUUUCUUUUUUAA